AUGAGGCCCCUGACGACGACGGCAGCGGCGACGACGUCCGGAUCUUCGACGCCUGAGCCGCUGCUGGGGCCGGCGGCGGGCUCGGGGGCAGCACCGGAAGGGUGCGGGGGCGGCAGUGGCGGGGGCGGCAGUGGUGCGUGCGCGGAGUGCGUGUCGCGGCCUCGCGUGGCGGCUGCGCUGGCGGGCGUGGCGUUGGUGUCGCUGCUGCUGGCGCUGCACCUGCUGUACGACGGCGCGCUGCACUCGGUGCUCGAGUCCUCGGGGGCGGCCGCCGCGGCGCAGCUCAAGGCCGAGCUGGCCGCCGCGGCCGCCGCCGCCGCCGCCGCGGCCGCCGCAGCCAGCGAGGAGCAGCUGCAGCUGCAGCUUCAGGCGGCGGGCACCGACGGCCCGGGGGCGGCGGCCGCCGGCAGGGUCCACUUCGCCAGGACGUCGCGCCGCCUGCCGCAGGCGCUCAUCAUAGGUGCGUCCCCGCAUAGUGCAGGCCCGCUCCGAAUCUCGCUACAGAACUUACUGUAA